AUGGAUCAGAAUUAUAAAUUCGCCGUCCGCCAUGUGAAAGAGUCCACAGAAAGUGAUGAAGCAGUACAGACGAAUCGAUUGAUUCAUCGCAGCUAUACUGAUGUUAUAUCAACUAGUGAUCUGUUAUCAGUGAAAGAUAUUUCAUCUCUUAAGUUUGGAAGCAGAAAUGACGUGUUCGUCGACGGAAGUGACGAUGAUGCUAUCAUGGUGGACGAACCCAGCUCUUUGUGCCACACCCUCGAGUACAUCAUGUGCGUCCCGGAAAUGUGUGACGUCAUCUUCCUGGUAGGCAAAAAGCAGAUGCCUAUAUAUGGACUGAGAGCAGUUUUGUCUGCUAGAAGCAGUGUUUUGUAUACAUUGCUACAAAACAGCCAGAGAAAGCGAGAACGGGAAAUUCAGAGAGAAAAGAGAUCGGAGAAGAUGCUGCGGUUUUUUCCAUUCCGGAAUAAACAGCGGAACUUCCCGAAACCAAAACCCGGUCACCAGAGCACGCCGCAAAAGAUUACCGUUCCUGUUGUCAACUAUGACGUAAAUGUCUUCAGGAAGUUCAAUUCGUUCCUUCAUCUUGGUCAUGUGACACUCACUGAAGACACCUUAAUUGGAUUACUUUGUGCUGCCGCUGAAUUUGCUGUCGAAGAUCUUGCUGGGGCAUGCUGGGAGUUUCUGAACAAAUGUGCGUCUAUUGGAGAUCUGUCGACGAUAUUACAGUCUGCACGACGAUACAGAUUCCAUCCACACUACUUUGAAAUUCAGACGAAGAUACAGGAGAUGUCAAGUUGA